UCUCAUCUCAUUAUUAUGAAAGCAAAAGCAAAAGCAAGAAAAGCCGAAACCAGAUCAAGAGCAAAGAGAAGGAAAGAAUAAUACAAAUAAAGAAACCCAAUUAGGGCAAAAAAGAAUUGGGGUUUUCUGUGCGAGCAAAAGGAAAGUAGAAAAUUAUUCAGACUCAGAGGACGCUACGAAACCAGUAAUCCGUGAUGCAGUUAGGACAGCUUUCGGGGAUCUCGAGCUCCAGCGGGGCGCCGACGAAGGAGGACGAGGAGAUGUCGAAAUCCGCGCUGGCUACUUUCAUGGCCAAGGAGGAGGAGAUCGAGAAGAAGAAGAUGGAGGUCAAGGAGAGAGUCCAAGCUCAGCUGGGUCGAAUCGAGGAGGAAACUAAGCGGUUGGCCACAAUUCGCGAGGAACUGGAAGCACUUGCAGACCCAAUGAAGAAAGAAGUCUAUGUUGUUAGUAAGAAAAUCGAUGCCAUUAACAAGGAGUUGAAGCCGCUCGGGCAGACUUGCAAGAAGAAGGAACGAGAGUACAACGAAGCACUUGAAGCUUUCAAUGUAAAGAACAAAGAGAAAGUUCAACUAAUUACUAGAUUGAUGGAGCUGGUGAGCGAAAGUGAGAAGUUGAGGCUGGGGAAAUUGGAAGAGCUGAGCAAGAACUUAGAGCAGAAGAGCAUAACUUAGCAUUGCCUUUUGACAUAUUCUGAUUUUUAUCGUGUGAUGUAUUUAAGCGAAGCUCAACUUUUAUUUAUGUAUUUGUUUCUUUUCCUUUUCGCUUUUUCCUUUUUUUUGGUGUGGNUGUUU